AGUCAACAUAGCGCGAUUGAUUUUGAAGCUUUUACAUGUACCUGCGCAUGCAAGGCAACAUUUGAACCUUGGAUUUUUUAUCAAGUUCAGCCUUGCCAGCUAAACCUUGACACGACCAUCACCAAGUCACGGUUUCUCACGAUGUUGUGUGCUCUUUCCGGCGAAGCUCCUCAAGAGCCCGUCGUCUCCAAGCUAUCUGGCGCUGUCUUUGAGAAACGUUUGAUUGAGAAAUACAUCGAGGAAAAUGGAAAGGACCCGGUGAGCGGCGAGGACCUAACUCUCGACGACCUUCUUGUCAUACGAUCGCCCUCCGUUGUUCGACCCCGACCGCCUACUCUGAGCUCUAUACCCGCCAUGCUUGCAGCUUUCCAGAACGAGUGGGAUGCCGUCGCCUUGGAAACCUACAGUAUUCGGCAAGAUUUGAACAGAGUGCGAGAGGAACUUGCGACGGCCCUUUACCAACAUGAUGCUGCCGUUCGCGUCAUAGCAAGACUGAUGAAGGAGCGUGAUGAGGCCCGGGACGCGCUAUCGAAGGUGACUGUGUCAGCAGGCAGCGCAGGUGCAGGUGAUGCCAUGACACUUGACCCCGAGUCUCUGCCUGAGGACUUGGUAGCUAAGGUGGACGAAUUCCACGCUCGGUUGUCUAAGACUCGGAAGAAGCGAACCAUUCCUCAAGGAACGGCAACCGCAGAGGACGUUGCUUCAUUCGCCGUCAGUGCUACCAAUUCUCUGCCCGUUCCCCAGGCUACGACAGUUAGUGUCUCGGAGGGAUAUGCUGCCGUGGGCGGAUUGCAGGGUGAUGUAGCAAUCUACUCGAUCGAUUCGGACACAGUCGAACGUUCGUUACAAGUUAACGAGCCCGUGACAAAUUCGAUAUGGGAUGGUACUAGGGUCUAUUUCGCAACAUCCAAGGGCUCUGUUAAGGUCUUUGAGAAUGGCAGUGAAAUUGCAUCCUUCUCGGAUCACGCUGGCCCUGUCACUGGUCUUUCAAUUCACCCCAGCAAGGAGAUUCUAGCAUCCAUCGGUUCAGAUAAGAGUUUUGUCUUCUACGACCUAGUCAACUUGCGCCGUGUUCGACGCGUGUUCACCAAUUCUGUCUUUACUACCUGCGCAUUCCAUCCCGAUGGUCAUCUCUUCGUUUGUGGCACCAACUCUGGCGAGAUUACGGCCUAUUUUACCACUACGGGACUUGAAGGUGCCUCGUUCACUCUAGGCGCACCCGUUCAAGCGAUUGCUUUCUCUGAGAAUGGCUACUGGUUUGCAGCCACGGGCAAGGGACAGACAACUGUCACCAUAUUCGAUUUGCGCAAGUCAGGUGACGCUGCACAAGCCAAGGUUCUCGAUACCGGCAGUGCAGUGCAGAGCCUGGCAUGGGAUGAAUCGCAGCAGUUCCUCGCGACAGGCGGCCCUUCUGGAGUAACGGUACAACACUACAACAAGUCUGCCAAGUCCUGGUCCGAACCUUUACGCGCGGCUGUCAGUGCCAUUGAUGUUCAGUGGACCGCGAAUGCGAACAAGUUGGUGGCAGUCAACGGGGAUGGAGUAAUCAGUGUUCUCACUGCUAAAGAGUAAUGAUUUGGGCUAAUGGCGUUCAUAUUCGAGAGCUUAGGGUACAAUGAGAAGAUGCGGGAAUCAAGUUCGGACACCAAAACAAGAGAUUCAUUGUAGCCAACAAGAUCACAGCUGGUAACCCAGGCUUUUUCAAUGUACAUUACAAAAAAAAAACAGCUAAUGGGUGUAAUGAACUGUAAUACCUCGAUAAUGAAUGGGGAGUUUUCUGAAUAUUUGAUUACUGGCGUGAAUAAACCGCCACUGGAAUUUUAACAUUCAAUAUUGAA